CCUCCGGCGAACAAAGAUGGCAGCGGACACCAGCACGGAGUUACUGUUUCUAGACACGUUCAAGCACCAGAGCGCGGAGCAAAGUACCAAUAUAGAUGUCGUUCGUUUUCCAUGUGUUGUUUACAUAAAUGAAGUACGUGUCAUUCCUCCCGGAGUAAGAGCUCACACCAGUUUGCCUGACAACAGGGCCUAUGGAGAGACGUCUCCACAUACAUUUCAGUUAGACCUGUUUUUCAACAAUGUCAGCAAGCCAAGUGCUCCUGUUUUUGACAGACUGGGAAGCCUUGAAUACGAUGAGAACACUUCAAUUAUUUUUAGACCCAAUGCAAAGGUCAACACAGAUGGAUUGGUUCUAAGAGGCUGGUACAACUGCCUGACCCUGGCAAUAUAUGGCUCUGUUGAUAGAGUAAUAAGUCAUGACAGAGAAUCACCACCGCCGCCACCUCCCCCACCACCUCCUCCCCAACAACAGCCUGGCUUGAAAAGAAACCCAAAACAUGUUGAUGGGGAGAAAGAAGAUCAGUUUAAUGGCAGCCCUCCAAGACCGCAGCCCAGGGGCCCAAGGACUCCUCCAGGCCCUCCACCUCCUGAUGAUGAUGAAGAUGAACCUAUGCCUGUAUCAGUGGUUGGGGAAAAGGAAGAUGAUGUUGAUCACAGGGAGGAUUACUUUGAGCCCAUUUCUCCUGAUCGAACAUCCAUUCACCAAGAAAGCCAGUACUCUGAUGAAGGAGAAGUAGAGGAGGACCAGCCAGAAGAUGGGGAGGAUGAGGAGGAAGAUGUGGAUGUUGAGGAGGAUGAGGAUGAGGAAGAGGAUGAUGGGCAUACAGUAGAGAGUAUUCCUGAGGAGGAGGAAGAUGAGGAAGAGGAAGAUGAGGAAGAAGAAGGGGAAGAAGAGGAGGAAGGUGAAGGAGAUGAUGGCUAUGAGCAGAUUUCAAGUGAUGAAGAUGGAAUUGCUGAUCUGGAACGUGAAACAUUUAAGUAUCCAAGCUUUGAUAUUGAAUAUACUCCUGAGGAUCUGGCUUCAGUGCCACCUGUGACAUACGAGCCUUAUGAAAGAGAGCUUGGACCUCUGUUGUACUUCAGCUGCCCAUACAAGACUGUAUUUGAGACUGAAGUUGGUAAGAUAAGGGACCAAGAUGCAGAAAAGGAAAAUUCGGGGGCAGUCGAAGCCUCAGUUAAAUUAACUGAACUCUUGGAUUUAUAUCAGGAGGAAAGGGGUGCAAAAUGGGUCACAGCUCUAGAAGAAAUUCCAGGUUUAAUAGUGAAGGGCCUAAGCUACCUGCAAGUGAAGGACACAAAACAGGACUAUGUUACCCAACUAGUAGACUGGACCAUGCAAGCUUUAAACCUGCAGGUAGCUCUCAGGCAGCCCAUCGCUUUGAACGUUCGACAGCUAAAAGCUGGAACAAAGCUGGUGUCAUCAUUAGCAGAAUGUGGGACUCAAGGAAUAAUGGGACUCUUGCAGGCAGGAGUUAUUAAUGCACUAUUUGAAUUGUUGUUUGCAGAUCAUGUAUCAUCCUCCCUUAAACUUAAUGCUUUCAAAGCUUUGGAUAGUGUUAUCAGUAUGACUGAAGGAAUGGAUAUGUUCUUGAAAGGUAGGCUAGAGGCACAUGAAAAAAGUGGCUAUCAGAAACUCUUGGAACUCAUACUGUUAGAUCAGACGGUGAGAGUCCUCACUGCAGGGUCAGCAGUUCUGCAGAAGUGCCACUUUUAUGAGAUUCUGUCAGACAUUAAAAAGCUUGUUGACCAGUUAGCAGAGAGUACUCCCCCCCUUCCUAAUCAUACUGAGUCAGAGCAGGAUACAGACCUUGGACUUGAGAGAACCAACCAAGAAUAUGAAAAUGAUGUGGAGGCUCCUAUGGAUAUGGACCAUCUUCUGGAAUCUUCAAAUAUUAGUGAAGGAGAGGUGGAAAAACUUAUUAGCCUCCUAGAAGAAAUCUUUCAUUUGAUGGAGACUUCACCUCAUACAAUGAUUCAGCCACCUGUAAAAUCCUUCCCGACAACAGCACGCAUUACAGGACCCCCAGAAAGGGAUGAUCCUUACCCUGUCUUGUUUAGAUAUCUUCACAGUCACCAUUUCUUGGAAUGUAUUACCCUGCUACUAUCCAUUCCAGUCACAAGUGCUCAUCCUGGUGUACUUCAGGCUGUCAGAGAUGUAUUGAAGUUCCUGGCACAGUCACAGAAGGGUCUCCUCUUUUUCCUAUCCGAGUAUGAAGCAACAAACCUGUUGAUAAGAGGACUUUGUCAGUUUUCCGAUCCAGAUCAAGAAGAAGGUCUCCAGUCAGAUAGUGCUAAUGAGGAUACGUUUGCCUUGUGGCUCUUGCAUUCAACACAGACGUUGCAGUGCAUCUCGGAAUUGUUCUGUCACUUCCAGCGGUGCACAGCCAGUGAGGAAACAGACCAUUCGGACCUCUUGGGAACACUUCAUAAUCUUUAUCUGAUUACUUUUAAUCCUGUGGGAAGAUCUGCUGUGGCUCAUGUAUUCAGCCUUGAGAAGAACCUCCAAAGUCUUAUUACUUUAAUGGAAUACUAUUCCAAGGAAGCUUUAGGUGACUCCAAGUCUAAGAAGUCAGUUGCUUAUAAUUAUGCCUGCAUACUUGUUUUGCUGGUGGUUCAGUCCUCCAGUGAUGUUCAAAUGCUGGAACAGCACUCGGCACCUCUGUUGAAGCUUUGUAAGGCUGAUGAAAAUAACACCAAAUUGCAAGAACUUAGUAAAUGGCUUGAACCUUUGAAAAAUCUUAGAUUUGAAAUUAAUUGUAUUCCAAACCUCAUUGAAUAUAUUAAACAGAAUAUCGAUAGUCUGAUGACCCCAGAAGGAGUUGGUCUUCCUACUGCCCUCCGGGUUCUUUGUCAUGUUGCAUGCCCACCACCUCCUGUUGAAGGUCAACAGAAGGAUCUAAAAUGGAACCUUGCAGUUAUUCAGCUUUUUUCUGCUGAAGGAAUGGACACCUUCAUUCGUGUUUUGCAGAAAUUGAACAGUAUUCUUAUCCAGCCUUGGAGACUCCAUGUCAAUAUGGGAACCACAGUUCACAGAGUUACUACCAUUUCCAUGGCCCGAUGUACACUUACUCUCCUUAAAACAAUGUUAACUGAACUCCUGAGAGGUGGCUCUUUUGAGUUUAAAGACAUGCGUGUUCCUUCAGCUCUUGUUUCUUUACAUAUGUUGCUGUGUUCCAUCCCUCUCUCAGGCCGCUUAGAUAAUGAUGAACAAAAAAUUCAGAAUGAUAUUAUUGAUAUUUUACUGACCUUUACCCAGGGAGUUAAUGAAAAACUUACAAUUUCAGAAGAAACCUUGGCCAAUAAUACUUGGUCUUUAAUGCUAAAAGAGGUUCUCUCUUCAAUUUUGAGAAUUCCUGAAGGAUUUUUCUCUGGACUUAUACUUCUUUCAGAAUUGCUGCCUCUUCCACUGCCGAUGCAAACAACUCAGGUAAUUGAACCCCAUGACAUAUCAGUGGCACUCAACACCAGAAAACUGUGGAGCAUGCAUCUUCAUGUUCAAGCCAAACUGCUACAAGAAAUAGUUCGUUCUUUCUCUGGCUCAUCUUGCCAGCCAAUUCAGCAUAUGCUGAGGCGUAUCUGUGUUCAGUUGUGUGACUUGGCUGCACCAACUGCCCUUCUUAUUAUGAGGACAGUCUUGGAUCUGAUUGUGGAAGAUCAACAAAGCAGCACAGAAGAUAAAGAGAAACAGUACACUGGCCAGACUGCUCGGUUACUUGCUUUACUUGAUGCCCUGGCUUCACACAAAGCUUGUAAAUUAGCCAUUUUGCAUCUAAUUAGUGGAACAGCUAAAGGUGAUGAAAAGUAUGUGGAAGUUUUCCAGGAUCUCUUGGCUUUAAUGCGAUCUGCUGGGGACAAUGUUAUUCAUCAGCAGUGCACUGAAUAUGUAACUUCCAUUUUACAGUCCCUCUGUGAUCAGGACAUUGCACUAAUUUUACCAAGCUCAUCAGAGGGAUCUGUUUCUGAACUAGAACAGCUCUCCAAUUCCUUACCAAGCAAGGAACUGAUGUCUUCAAUUUGUGACUGUCUGAUGGAAACCUUAGCUAAUUCUGAGAGCACCUAUAAUUGUUUGUUGACAUGCAUCAGGACAAUGAUGUUUCUUACAGAACAUGAUUAUGGAUUCUGUCACUUAAAGAGCUCUCUAAGAAAACACAAUGGUGCACUGUACACUGUAUUGAAGCGAGUAGUAAGCAGCUUUAGUAAGGACACAGGAGAACUGGCAUCCUCGUUUUUGGAUUUUAUGAGACAGAUUCUAAACUCUGACACCCUGGGCUGUUGUGGAGAUGAUGGAAGUCUUAUGGAGGUAGAUGGAUCUCAUCCAGCAAGGACAUUAGGUCUGACUACUGCAGAAUUAAAACAUCUGUUACAGAACAAAGAAGAAAACCCUGAAAAUUUUCUGCUUGAACUGGAGAAACAUGUUUUGGAACGUUCUAAAGAAGAUGAUGGCCUUGAAUCCUUAUUGGACAAUGUUGUUGGACUUCGGCAGAUGUUGGAAUCAGCAGGCGAUCCUUGUCCGCUGAGCGACCAAGAUGUGGAACCAGUUCUUUCUGCACCAGACUCUCUCCAGAAUCUGUUUAAUAAUAGGACUACGUAUGUGUUGGCAGAUGUGAUGGAUGACCAGCUGAAGUCUAUGUGGUUCUCACCAUUCCAGGCUGAAGAAAUUGACACAGAGCUUGAUAUGGUAAAGGUUGACUUAAUUGAACUGUCAGAGAAAGGCUGCAGUGACUUUGAUUUACAAGCAGAAUUGGAGAGAUCAUUUUUGUCAGAACCCUCAUCUCCUGGUAGGACAAAAACUACAAAAGGAUUCAAACUUGGAAAACACAAGCAUGAGACCUUCAUAACUUCAAGUGGCAAAUCAGAAUACAUAGAGCCUGCAAAGAGAGCACAUGUUGUGCCCCCUCCUCGAGGAAGAGGCAGGGGAGGAUUUGGACAGGGUAUUCGACCGCAUGACAUUUUUCGUCAGAGAAAACAGAAUACAAGCAGACCUCCUUCUAUGCACGUGGACGAUUUUGUUGCCGCAGAGAGCAAAGAAGUGGUUGCUCCAGAUGGGAUACCACCACCAAAAAGGCCACCAAAAGUAUCGCAGAAAAUUUCUUCACGUGGGGGAUUCUCAGGGAAUCGUGGAGGACGCGGCGCAUUUCACAGUCAGAACAGGUUCUUUACUCCACCUGCUUCCAAAGCCACUUUGUGUCUCUUGCAUUUAGGAAAUUAUAGUCGUCGUGAAGGAGCCAGAGGGUCAAGUUGGAGUGCACAGAGUACACCGCGAGGCACUUAUAAUGAAAGUAGAGGGGGUCAGAGCAAUUUUAACAGAGGCCCACUGCCACCAUUGAGGCCUUUGAGUUCUGCAGGCUAUCGACCCAGUCCCCGUGAUCGUGCUUCUAGAGGUCGUGGUGGAAUUGGGCCAUCUUGGACGAGUGCUAAUAGUAGCAGCAGUGGUGGCUCAAGAGGAAAGUUUGUUAGUGGAGGCAGCGGAAGAGGUCGUCAUGUCCGUUCCUUCACACGAUAAAAGUGAGACCUGGAACAUCCCAGCAGUGUGAAUUUCUUAAGCAGAUGAUAAAGAAAAGCUGAGGCACUAAAGGACCAAUUUAGAGUAACUGGUAUCAGGAGACAGCAAGGAAAUAUUUUUGUUGGAAGAAAGCAGUUUUUGUUUGAUACAAGACUUGAAAUUUCAAUAAAAUUCAAGACUUUUUGUGUACAGUUGUAUAUUUUUGUUCCUUUUGAAAGAACAUUUUAAUUUUUUGUGGACUUCUAUAUACAUUACUCAGUAAGGAACCUAUUUGAGUUAAGACUUGAAGGAUUUCUUUCUAUAAUAUUCACUGUGCCAAAAGAAAGGUACAGGGUGCGUGUGUGUGUAUGUAAGCUUUGUGGGUAUUUUUUUGCAGUAGUAUGUAAGGCAGUUUGAUUUUUCUCCCCUCAGGUUUAAAGCUAUAGGCUCGUAUUUCUAUUGGUCAGUUAUUAAAUGAAUAAAGUACAUCUUACCAAUAUUUUAAUGAAUAGGAGGAAAUCAUAGCAAAUGAUUGCUUUUGAUGUGUGAAGGAACAGAAAACUUACACAUGUAAUUUAAAAGCUAUUUAAGUAUAAGAAUUUUAGAUUCUUAAACAUAUCCCUAAACCAUUGAAAGUAUUGGCAAAACUUAAAUUGACUUCCAUGAGAGUAAGAGACUGCCUAAAGAGGAACUCUCCUUAGGGAAGUCAUGACUGUAAGUCUCUAUGUUAAGAAUUUGCUCAUCAUUCCAUCUGGAAAAGUGUGCAACUUGUAGAAGAGGUCAUAAAGGAAAGUAUCUGUAGCAUUUUGGGGAUGGAAAGAGUUAAUGGCUUGCUUGCUGGCUCUUGUAUAACUGGGGGAGAUGGUUUAAAAACAGGCUUCAAUAAAAAUGAAAAACGCUAUAAUGAAUCAGCCAACUGAAAGCUGUGUUGAAUACAUCCCCUGGAUUAGCUUCCAUAAUUAUUUUUGACAUUGAGAUACAAUGCAAAAAAACCCCCAACUGUGAAAACUAGGAAUGAUAAAAAAAACCUUCAUAGUUAGGUCCACAGUCACAUUUAUUUUCAUGCUGAACUCCUCUGAGAAUUUGUUUUGUACUUUAUAUUAAGUAUUUGUAUUUCCUUUUAAUCCAGUGGAUUUUUGUCCUGUAAGGAAGAAUGCAGUUUUUCAGUACAUCUGCUGCAUACUUACAUGAAGGCUAGGAGGUGAAUAGUUACAGCCUUAUAAAGAUAAGAUGUACAUUAAAUGUUCACCAAUGGUAGCUAGCUUUCUUUAAGUUUAAUAUUUCAUUUAUACAUAGGUCUCUUUAGAUGGUAAAGGAUCUAAAUGUAAAUGAGGACAUGCCCAGCUAGUUUAUAUAGUUCCACUUUAAAGUGAUCUUAAUAUCCUUUGCUUAGCCAGCAUGAUGUCAUAGACUUUAAAACCGUAUUUCAAAAUGUACUCUGGGCUAAGUAAACACCAUGCAUAAAAAUCCCAUUUAGCUUUAUCCACUGACUAAAUUUGUAUUAACAGUUUUAGUUGAGACCAUGGAGAAGGCAAAUGUAAAGGGGUCCUUAUUUGUGGAGAUACUAUGUAUGAACACCCCACAACAUUCCAUCAAAUCAGUUGUUUGCAAAAAGUUAAUUAACAUGACCUGUAAGAGAGGUAAGGUUGAUCUGUUAAUUAACUGGUCAUGGCUUAAACGGAAUAACUUAGGUUCAUGUAGAUAUUGGUUCAUAUGUAUUUAAUAUUUAUAAAGUAACAUCCUUCAGAAAAUUAUUGGACAGGAGAAUCUAAAGCUGCCUGAAUUGCAAAAAUAAACCUACAGAUACCCAAGUAAAUCAAGGAGGAUGGAAUUUUACUCAUAAUGUAAUUGUAAUAACUAAAACAGGUGAAAUUCUAGUAAGCAUUUACAGGUUUGUUGCUAUUUUUUUAAACGGAGGAGCAUUGCAUAAAUAUUUUGUAAAGCGGUCUAAGGCUCUUCUCAACCAUGUGUUUUGAAAGAUUUUAUUACUAUAUUUUUAGAAACUUUACGAAGUGAAGCUGUGGCAGAGAUCAUGUUUGAUUUGUUUUUAGUGAGAGACUUUGAAAAGAAAAAUCUGCAAGUGUGGAACAGACUUGUAAAUAUUCAAUUUUGCUUUAUGAAAGUUUGAAAUACAGCAUGUCACACUCGGCACUUUCGAACUGGAAACAAUAAAAGGUCAUAGAUAAAGGUGAA